AUGGUCAUGUUCGGAGCCUUUGCCGAUGCCCAAAUGAUGAACAUGCUAGAAGAAGAAGGGUUAAGAAACCUCUGCCAAGGAAACGAGAAGGUUGGAAAACUUCAUUUUUAUCUGCAGGACGUACUAGGUGGUCUUAAUGCUACAGUUUGGGAGGUGGCUCGAGCUGAAAUAACUCCGACUUCACCCACAUCUUUUGGUCAAGUUAGGGUCAUAGAUGACUUAAUGACAGCUGAACCCGAUUCCAAUUCGACCAAAUUGGGCCGAGCUCAGGGACUCAUUACUUUUGCAGAUUUGGAGAAUUCAGGCCUUGCUAUGAACAUCAACUUUAUUUUCACAGCGGGCAUAUACAAUGGAAGCACACUGAGUGUUUCAGGAAGAAAUCUUAUGACUGUACAGAAUCGUGAGUUGGCUGUCAUUGGUGGCACAGGUGUUUUCCGAUUGGCACGGGGAUAUGCCAUUUCAAGUACUUACUCGUUUGAUUCCGUCACAAAUUAUGGUGUUUUGGAGUAUACCCUUUACAUUGCAUAUGUCGAAUCGGGAUUUGGACCGCUCGCUAGUCAUUGA